AUGGGUGAAGACACAACGUCAGCCCCUGACGAUGCCGCUUUUUCAUCUUUCCGGCCGACGUACACGCGCGAACAACUCGCCAUAUACGUCUCGAAAUGCAUCGCGCCUUCAAAGGACUACACACUCGAGACGCUCGAGUCUGAGAUAAAGGCAGACCCCCUCGCGGCUUUGUCAGUCCUGCAGCUGCGCCAGAUGGCCUUUAACCCCUGGGGAAACAUCGCGCUGCAUUAUUCGUGGCACCGCACCCUGUCGCUCGACUAUGAGGCCUUGUAUCACAAAAUUGUCGAACGAGGGUUGGGUGGCUACUGCAUGGAGAACAACGCCUUCUUCAGCACCAUCCUGAGGUCCCUAGGCUAUAGACUAUAUAUCACGGGCGCAAGAGUCAGUCUCGCAUUGGAUGGUGAUACGGUAGAUCCGGACGGAUUUGCUGGCUGGCAACACGAAGUUAUUAUCGUCAUCAUUAACAAUCAGAAGUAUCUGGUCGACGUCGGUUUUGGCAGUACCUCGCCCGUCCACCCGAUCCCCUUGAACCACGACAACCCGAAGCCUUACGAUUCGGUCCCUGGUGCCCAGGUCCGCCUCGUUCACCGGCCAAUCGCCUCAAACACAGAUCAAUCCCAGAAGCUCUGGGUCCUCGAGACGUGCAACAAGACCCAACAAAAAUGGCAAGGCGGCUACUGCUUUGCUGACCUGGAAUGGCUGCCCAUGGACUUCGAGAUCAUCAACUACCGCACAAGCCAGGACCCGGCGAGCUGGUUCACACACCGACUCGUCCUGGUGCGGAUUCUUGUGGACGAGGAAACAAGGACGAAACCCACGGGGACGAUCAUCCUCUCGGGCACGGUCUUUCAGAGGAGGGUCGGGGAGGGGCCCAAGGAAGUCGUGCUGGAUGCGAAGUCGGAAAAGGAGCGAGUCCAGGGGCUGAAGACUUGGUUCGGUAUCCAACUCAACCCGGACGAGCAGAGGGGCAUUUCUGGCACUGCCGCCGAGAUCCAGAAGCCGCCGAGUGUAUAG